CCUGGUCUGUGUGCAUGGUGAACAUACGCCGGACAAAGCCUUUCUCUCCACACACGACACGCGACACAAAUAAAUACAAAAAAUAUUCGUCGGUAUUUUUUACAGCUAUUAAUAUAUUUUCAGCAUCCCAAAUUAAUCUUAACAUACUUAAAUCACACGUCAGAAAUACGCAGUUGUCUGUAUACCUCUCUCAAUAAUUUGUAUUACGUAUAAUUUCUGAACGAUUCAACAAUUUUAUAGUUAAACUCACGAAAUCUAACUUACGAACUAUCGUUUCUGUGAAAUAACAAUUUUUAACCUAACUCAAAACGAUACAGACAUAUGAAAAAGAACUAGGUAACGUGUUAUCAAUCGAAAGUGACGUCGUGUUAAGAUUUUAUCUGUAACUUUCAGCCUAGUAAAAUGAACGACACAGCGGUUUCCUGUAAAUACUGCAGAAGUGCACCAAGGUGAAACAGUGGACGUGAUAUAACAGCGGGAGGUAAAAAAGUGUGAAACUGAGUGAAAUUAUUACCGUGUUUUGACACAGAACGAUUUUUAAAAGACAGUCGAGUCACGCAUGGAAGUACACGGUUUAUCAUGCAUAUUCUGAACGUAAGCCUUCAUUACGAAGAAUGUUACUUUAUUCAUAAAAUCUUGAUAUAAAUCACACAACUUGUAAAACUGGAAGCUAAGUAUUAACGGCUGUUUCAGAUAACAUUCAUUAGGGGACUGCUCACGUAUUAUUUGGCCAUAAACAGAUACAAGCAACUCUUCAACUGAGAUAUAUGUAGCUGAAACUGGUCAGCUUGCGUACCGGGAUUAGUACAGAAACCAGUGGUUUCGUAGUGACAUCUGUGAACAGGGGAACAAUGAGUGUAUUACUUGGGAAGAGUGCCGACAGCGCGAUGGGUGAUCACGUAUUGCUAACGAACAAAACCAAAACCGGUGAAGAAGAAACAAGGGCUUUCCUGAACUUCGCUUCGCCAAGCGACGACGCCGAUGCCAGGACGUCGGUCAACUCUAUGGAGCAAGGUGUGUGUCGAAGGCGCUCUUUGAACUACGUGACAGCGUGUCUACUUGUGUCCGUGGCGCUAGUCGGGGUCACCGUUCUGGUACUAGAACUGUACCGCAGCCGCGAGGUGGUCGCACUGCGCGCCCAGAUCGACACACUCAGCCUCGAGGUUGACACCCUUAAGCAUCGCAUCUUGGAGGAAGACCUUCUGGAGCAGCUCAGGGCCUUCGAGGACGCGGUGUACGCUGAGGAAGCAGCCUCAGAUGACGACGACGACGAUGAUGAUGAUGGUGGUGGUGGUGGUGAUAGUGAUGACUACGACAUUGACUAUUCCUUAGAGGAUAAGAUGCCAAGUAGUCCAACACACGGCAAGAAACAACAUUUGAACACAGUCAGCGAGGACAGACACAAGCACAGCCACGAGAAGCUUGAGCAUCAGGAAGACCUCACAUCCGGUUCAGCCGAACGAUCCAAGAGGGAGAUCCAUUCUUCGGUGUUGCCCAUUAUUUCGGAAAGCUAUGGCGUGGAUUUCAAGCAUCAAAACAAUAAUAGCGAGGGGCUGAGACUUUAUGAGUCCCUUGUGUCCAGUGGCGGCAAGAACGAGCCAAAAGACACUUCCCUGGACUGGGGAAGUACAGAGAAUCCUAUCAAAAGCUAUCACAGAGUCAGUUCACUGUGGUCAUCCAAGUCACAACAGAAGAAGUAUGUAGGAAGUCCACAAUACAGUGAUGCACCAGUAUACCGAAGGUAUCGUGACCGGUCACAAAAAACAACUACUGGCGCACCAGGACCUAUCAUCUCACGAGUAUCACGGGUCAUGCAGACAGACUCCAGUGAUACCCUGUUGCCACCACCAUCACCACCACCAGCUGCAGCGCUCACACUGCACCCCCAACAACAGAAACUUCCUGAUGGAGAGACAGUUGUUAGGGUGUACCAGGAGCAACGAGCACCAAAGGGAGCCACAGUAUCAGGUCCUGGUGACAUAAUUACAGCAGAGGGACAUACAGGGAAGUCUCGCAUGCGCCGCAAGAAGCACAGGCCACAGCGCAAGAACCUAGCACAACUUGAAGGACUUGAUGACCAUCCAGUGAGAUCCAGUAGACUAACAGCUGCAGCACACUAUGAUGGUGACACCUCAAAUUAUAAGUUGGGACACACUCACUAUGAAGGUAAUGGGAGACUACGACACCCAGAUGGUAAGUUCACAGACUGGGCAGCGAGCAGCUGGAUGCAGGAGCUAGGAAUGAACAGGUUCUUCCAGCUACAAGAUGGAAUUGUCAGUGUGAGAGACAGUGGACUCUACUACAUUUAUGCACAAAUAUACUAUGUGGAUGAACAUGAUGUGAAUGGUUUCCGUGUAUAUCUGAACGACAAACCAGUUCUGCACUGCACCACCAUGACAGUUCAUUCAUCUGGCGAACAGAGACGGGCAAAAUCCAAUACAUGCCACACAAGUGCAGCUGUGUAUCUCGCUUCAGGUGACAAGAUUUCAGUACGAGAUGUAGAUGGACUACGUUAUUCACUCUUCGAACCAGCAAAGAGUUUCUUUGGGCUCAUCAAGCUCGGUGAUGCCAAGAUCAAGUAGAAAGACAGAACUGUGUCCAAAAUGCCUAACUGUUCAAUCCAGCUUUCAGCAGCAACUGCUUGGUCUUUGGAAGUCAUUCCAAGAUUUAUUAAAAAAAAAACACUGAUAUUGUCCUUCCAGACAAAGUUUUGAAAAUGGAGGUUACAGCAACUUGAGCUUAUGACAAAAUGAAAUAUCAUUAUGGUCUCACAUGACACUUUCUCAAUAAAUGGACAUAAUUAUGUCAUAUUCAUUAACAUGUUAACAGUAGAUCUGUGAAGGUAUACUACCCUAUUAGAAAAGGAAAAGACUUGGCAGUGCGAACCAUGAAUCACUUCUUAGAGUGCACUGUGAUGGGCUUGACAAAAACAAUUAUGGUGACUGUGUAAUACAUUACAAGAUAUGUAAACCUACCAUUCACUCACAUGCCUAAGGCUACAAUUAAUGAGGGGAAGGGAAAAUAUGACAAAGAUUAUGAUAACAAGAACCAUCAACAUUCCUCCACCUAAAUUUGUGGAAAAAGGGAAUUAUGAUGUUACUUAAUCAUGUAAAUUCAUUACAGCAGAAAGCCUGAUGCCUAGAAACUUCACAUAAUAUUUAAACAAUAAAUCAAAUAUUAUAACACAA